AUGAAACUUAACAAUUUCUGCUGUUUUAAAUCAUUUCUGUUCGCAUUCGAACCUCUUUCGCGCAACCUUAGAUUUUUUCGCAUCUUUUAACUAACCAUUUUUGAUUCUCUUUCCGCCCAGACUAAUCACUGUUUGCAAUUAAAAAUAUGUUUUUUUUUCAGCACUCAUUUUAUUAAAACUUCAAUAUCCAUAAUUUACUAUUUUUUCAGUUUCACCGAAGUCAAAAUUGGAGCACGGAACAGUACACGUCAUUCUAGAAACUUACCAUCCGAAGUAAGUUUCCGAAAAUGAAAACUCAAGCAGUGCCCCAUGCCUUGCGAAUUUCAGCGUGCGAAAAGAACAAAAGCCGUUUCGAAAAUCAGUGAGCAUACUAUGAAAAGAUCGGGCUCCAUGUUGGACAGCGAAGACAGUCAACGAUCCACGGUUAGACAAUCUUUAUCAUUCUUUUCAUCUUGCCGCUGUAGUCAAAGUGCUUUUUGUCGAUUAAAAGCUGCCGGCAGAAUUCUCUCAAUUCGGUAGGCGGUGCUUGAUUACGAGUAGUAUAAAAGACAAGCUCUGGAUGAUUUUAAGCGCAUUUCCAAAAGAAUUUCGAGAUGCUCUUCGUCCUUGCAUCGGACAGAGAGCACGGAUCUCAGCGCUUUUCACGUUUGCCAUUGGCAUCUCGAUGUCGACCACAUGCUCCGAUAAACUCACGUCAACGACAUGUUCUCAAUUUCACUGCCAGAAUGCAAAAGUUCAAAAAGACAAAUAUGAAGUGUAAUUCUAAAGUGUCAAUGCAAAUGAAAAGGGAUCCACCGAGAGCGGUGAAAACUCCGUCGAGUCUCGUCUUUUCUCUGCCAUUUCACUCUCUGCCGAUUCUUUAGAAAGGACAGUAGUCAGCCCGUCGCUCUCUCUCACUCUCUCGCCUGUUACAGCACUUGCUCUCUUUCCUCACUCCGCUACCCGUUACCGCUCUUGUGCCAUCUCUCGCAUUGUUUGAUUUCAGUUUCUGCCGCGAACCUUCCCAUUCUUUUUUUGUGUUAACCGCUCAUUCGCUGUUAAUCACUGUGCGAAUAGGAAUCAUUCGUCUUCCGUUUCUAAUCGAUCCAAUUUUGCACUUUAACCGUACUCUGCGUCUCUAACCGGUUAUGCCUUGUCUUGUCGGUAGUCUCACGUCUCGCCCAUGUUUCUUCGUUCAGCCUGCCAGCUGCUGCUUCCUCUCUUCACUUUUCUUCUUGCCGCCGACCUCCAACUCAAUUUUCAAUCUUUCUCAUUUCAGACCAAAGCCCCACCAUUCAAGAGAUUCCCGGAAAAUCACGGAUCUGAACAGAGCGACGACGUAAACAUGAACGGUACUUUUCUCGAAUAAUCAGACUUAUCCUAUUCUUUAAAAUUAGGAAACCAUGCAAAUGCUGUCGAGGGUCUGUCGGUCGAGACGAUGACGAACGGGGAGCGCGUAGCCAUUCUCGACUUCGGCGCGCAAUACGGAAAAGUGAUCGACCGGCGUGUGCGCGAGCUGCAUGUUCAAUCGGAGAUGUUCCCACUGAGCACUACCGCUCGUGAGCUGCUCGAGCUCGGCGGCUUCAAAGCCAUCAUCAUCUCUGGAGGACCGAAGUCAGUUUACGCCGUCGACGCGCCGACUAUCGAUCCGGAAAUCUUCACAUGCGGGCUGCCAGUGCUCGGAAUCUGUUAUGGAUUCCAACUGAUGAACAAACUGAACGAAGGAACAGUGACAACGCAUCCGAUCCGAGAGGACGGAGCGUGUGAGGUUCAGGUGGACACGAAGGCGCUCCUGUUUGACGGACUUGAAACAACAGAGACGGUCAGUAGUCAAUCGAAAUUAAAUAAAACUCAUGCGUUUCAGGUUCUCCUGACGCACGGGGACAGUGUCUCUGAGAACACAGUCGCUCCUGGAUUCAAAGUUAUCGCCAGAAGCGGACAUCACGUUGCAGGUAAGUGAGACUAACGAUAAUCACAUCUUAAUCCAAACAUUAUAAAAUAUUCGUACUUUAGGAAUUUGUGACGAGGAGCGCAAGUUAUACGGUGUCCAGUUUCAUCCAGAAGUGGACCUUACUGCCAACGGCAACAAGAUGUUCGAAAAUUUCCUUUUUAAAAUAGUUGGAUGCCUUGGCAAGUUCACAAUUGAAAACCGCGAGGACCAGUGCAUUGCCGAGAUCAAAGAAAUUGUCGGCGACAAGAAGGUGCUCGUGAUGGUCUCCGGAGGCGUCGAUUCGGCUGUCUGUGCCGCCUUGCUCCGUCGGGCUCUCGGGCCGAACCGUGUCACUGCUAUCCACAUCGACAACGGAUUCAUGAGAUACAAUGAGAGUGAUGCCGUCGAGAAGAGUCUUGCUGCACUCGGUUUGCCUAUUCAUAGUAAGUUCCGAACUCCAUAUCAAUAUUCAUAUUUUAAUGCAUUCAGGGUACAAUUUUGGACCCACAUUCCUUUCGAGCACAAAGAAAGAAGAGCCGGGAGAGCUCUCGUUGGACGAGUGCGAUGAUCCGGAGCUGAAACGGCAGAUCAUCGGAAACACUUUCAUCCGCGCGACAGAUAUUAUCAUGAAGGACCUGAGUCUUCGAAUGGACGACUACUUCCUGGCGCAGGGAACUCUCCGUCCUGAUCUGAUUGAAAGUGCCAGUGCUCUUGCCUCCGGACACGCGGACACCAUCAAGACGCAUCACAACGACACAGAGCUCGUCCGCGAGUUGAGAAAGGAGGGAAAAGUUGUUGAGCCGUUGAAAGACUUCCACAAAGAUGAAGUUCGAGAGUUGGGAAGAGAUCUCGGACUGCCGGAGGACAUUCUUCAGAGACAUCCGUUCCCAGGACCAGGACUCGCCAUUCGAAUCCUCUGCGCAUCUGACAAACGACCGGAAAUGAACUUGAGUGGUGAAAUGUACAGCGGAGAUGUUCAUGGAAGAACGAUUGAUGUGAUCGAAAAGUUCCUCAAUGCUGCGGUAAAUCCGAGCCAAGGGUACUACACUUCCAUUCAGCUCGAGCAGACACGCAGCAAUGUAAGUCACUACUCUUGCUAUCCCGGUUUAUCAAGUUAUUUUAAGGUGAUCGCGUCGCUGUGCGAGAAGGAUCAGCCGCUCGCCCAGGGACAGACAUUCAACAUUCAAGCGAACGUUCUCCCGAUCAAGACGGUCGGAGUUCAGGGAGACGCGAGAAGCUACUCGUACGCCGUAGUCCUCUCCACCAACGAAGAGCCCAUUCCAUGGAAACUUCUGUUCGCGUACGCCACAGUCAUUCCGAAGCUCUUCCACGAAGUCAAUCGAGUCUGUUACGCAUUUGGCGGGGAAAUAGAGGGACAGAUCGAAGACUUGACUCGCACGUACCUCGUUCCGCCCAUCAUCACAAAGCUGCAAAUGGCUGACAAAGCUGCGAACGACGUGUUGUUUGGACGGAUGUUGGCUUCAGAUGGAACCCGUCUCGGUAAUGCGGGACGCUGCAUUCAGCAGAUGCCAGUCGUUCUGCUUCCACUCGAUUUCGAUCGUGACAGAUCUAUUGCUGGAUCCUACAGACAUUCGAUCGUCCUCAGGCCGUUUGUCACUUCUGAUUUCAUGACAGGACAGGCCGCUAUCCCAGGAGUCCACAUUCCAGAAAAAGUACGAUUUCUUGCAAGAAAAACACAAAGAACGACCUUAUUUUGCAGACCGUGCUGGAAAUGGACUUGGCAAUCAGACAGAAAGUGCUCGGCAUCUCGCGUGUGCUCCUCGACAUGACGUGCAAACCGCCAGGCACAACAGAAUGGGAGUAA